AUGGCUACAGGAUCUGGCGCUUCUUCGUCGACUGGGUCACGUGGAGCGAGAGAGGGGCAGGCGCUGUGCCCUUUCUGCCACACGGCGACGGUCGUGGAGCGGACGUCGAGAACCACAAAAAAUCCAGACAAGCCGUUCUACACUUGCAGGAAUCGUGACUGGGGCAACGGUACCUGCAACUUCUUCAUGUGGAAGCCAGAGAGCGCUGGAGAUGGCAUGGAUGGUGCAGCAGUGAUGGCUGCGUUGAAGGCUCUGGAGAAUUCUCUGUUGAACUUGAACAAUGUUGUAGUUGCUCAGAGCACUGUUGUGGCUAGAAUAGCUGGAGAGCAAAUAGUUGUUAGGAUGAUGGUUGGGGCCAGUGUGUUUGUAGGUGUUGUUUGCUUUCUUGCUUUGUGCAUGGUAUUGUACAAGCAAGCAUGA